GUGGCCGCUUUUGCCCACACAAUCCAUUUCGUUUGGUUGUCGGGCAGUCGCCCAAGAACUAUCGCAAGGUUGAGCCAGCACCGAAGACCCGAUUUUCUGGGCGUCGUUUUCCAGCGCUUUCUCCGUAGAUUUGUCAAAUAGUUAGACAAGAUGCAGCGAGCUUGCGCCAGGCCCCAGUCAGCUCGCACCGGCACGGUGCUCCAGCGGUCGCCAUCGCUGUGCCCUGGUCGCCUUGUGGCAACCAGCUCUAGGCGUACAAAGCACGCUCAUGUGAAGCCGUGCCAAGCGGUGGCGGACCAGCCGUUCGCAGACGAUGAGAGCAGCAACACGGAUUACGCCGCGGUGGCUGCGAGCCUGAACUCGCUGCUCGCGAAGACAGCCCCCAGCAAUGCCAUCAGCGGCCGUGACUUGCGCGACCUUGUCCGCCAGAAGUGGGGUCGCAGCUACGACGUGCGACUGGCGAAGCUGCAGGGCCGUAUGUACCUGCAGGUGAUGUGGAAGUUCCUGGAGCAGGCCUCCUUCCCGCUGACCGAGCAGGAGUACAUGCAGCAGCUGGACGCCGUGGCCGAGUACCUGAACGACUGGGGCGCGGCGGAGACGGUGCGACAGGGCAUCCAGGCCGCCCGCCGCCCGCCCGGCUAUACGGGCGGCGGCAACGCGCGCUGCAUCAGCAUCCCGCUGGCCGUUGACCUGGGCGGCACCCGCAGCGCCGAGUGGAUCUGAACGAAGCUAAGCCAUUUGGCACUAUGCAGCGCAGCGCGCAUGCCUGGGGCGAUGGCGCGGCUACGGAUGAAGAUUAAUGCUCGAGGGCCUCGGCCGCAGCAGUUGAAGUGCUGGUGGCGACGGGUCUUGUGUCCCGAAAUGGAGGUAGGCUCUGAGGGGCAGCAUGGACGGCAGGUAACACGUGGGCGUCGUUCCGCGGCAGCGGCGGAGUGCGCACGUGCCUGGACUGGUGCAGCGCGACAACAUGACGGCUGGCCGCAGCAAAGCGCCAGAGUUUUGUAUCCUGCGUGUACAGCGCUUAUCAUCACAGCCGCUGGAGCCCAGGAACCCCACGGUUUUCAAAUGUUUGCUGGUACCUGUGUGCAAGCAGAGGCCGGGCAUCGGCACCCGCCGAGUGUUAUGGCGUGGCUCGCAGUUAGGCUUGGGGCUAUCCAACCUCGUGACUGCCUUGCAGAGCAUUCAUGUGCAUUGGGAGACCGAGGGUUCGCACAUGCGGGAUGGCAAGGGCAGUUGUGACGAAGACGCACAGAGGGAACAGAACUCGACGCAACAGUGCCAGAGGAGCGCGGUGGUGUAUGUGGCACGUGGCGUGGGUGUGUUUGUGGUAUCAGGACCGCGUGGUGAAUACCAGUGCUGAAGAGUGUACACUGCGCAGGAGAGGGCCAGGGUGAGGACGAAGAGAAGCGCAAAUCGUUUAUUUGAUACCUGUACUUGUGUGGACGUGGAGUUGUCAUGUACGUGUACAUUAAGAAGUUGUGGAAAGAUUUUGCCGGCACGCGUGUCCGUGCGCCGGGCUACGACCUUGCCGGGCGCGGGGUGGCGUGCACCUGACAAGGCGGAUGUGUAUGACGGCGUUGCGUUGGGGUGUGUGCGUGUGUGCAAGGCAUGUGGCCUGUAUCGCUGGCAAUAGGCGUCGGCGAUGAUUGUGGAGCGUGAUGCCUUCGCCGUUGCCAUCAAAAAUGUGGUGUUGCAUGUGUACUACGUGGCGCUACAUGUGUACGGUUGCGUUGAAUGUGAUUGUUUGACGGUUCAGAUAAUCUCGCAGCUUGACAUUUGACAUUGGACACGUGAUUGUAGACGGAAUUGUGCCGAAGCAAGGGGGUUGAAAGCAAGGCGCCCAUGGCCAUGGGCAAGGCGCAUGGUUUAUGUGGAAGCGACUAGAGAACCGGGUGUACUGCCGACGCCCAGUGUGGGGGUGAGGCCCGCCCGAGGGUCAAGGACAGGGUGGUCCAGGAGUGUAACCAAAUGGACUGGCCCACACUUCUGCGUAGGUGCACCACAGCGGCCCCCCUUGUCCUAAAUCGUUGGGAGUUUGGGACACGACCAAGGGAGGCCUGGAAGCUUGGACAGCACGGGCGACAGGGCCGCCAAGCCAACACUCAGGACAGAAUGAGUUGGUCGCAAGAGGACAGGGACGCGCUUGCUUUGUUACGGUACGCACUGCGGCACUGUCUGCGCCGCCGCACCAGAGCCGUAAAUCGUAAGCUUGUAACAUACGGCAACC